GUUUUUGUUUUGUUGUUGAGAUGAGACACAAGCGCGCCUUCGCCCCUUGUGCUCACUCUCAUCUAGCACCCAUCAAAGCCUGACCAGGGAGUCAGUUGAUAAGAAAAUCUAUCUACAUUUCUCUUUCCAGAGCUCGCUCGGGCCUACCGAUCUCACAGCAGUGUAGACCAACCUCUGUGAUAGAGCGGUGACAGCAGUGUAACCUCUGUGGUAGACUACAAAGUCUACGAGCUACAGCAGCACCGCCACCUCCGCUGCUGCAGGACGCCACAUUCUGUGAGGUUAUGAGCCUCGCUUUACGCGAACACUAGGAGCUGCGGACGUCACGACGGAGGUCAAGACAUCCUACUGCUGUGGACUACAACAUCCGUCUGUGGACUUCGAGCGGAAAUCUGGAUUCGGAGAUUUGGGAGAUCAUCAACGGUCAGCGGAAACGAAAGUGAGCGCACUACUUGGUCAUCUACACCAAGGGGCUGAGAGUUCAUUAUACACACACGUUAUCACUGCUGCAACAGCAGUAGUGGGUACCUCUGUGGUGAACAAACAGCAAAGUGUUGCGCGGGAAGCCUCGAUUUAGACAUUGAGCAAAUACUUCUGCGGCGGAGACAGGAGGGAAGACUGUAUCAACAGCGAAAGUCGACCGGGAACCGUAGUCCUAUUCACCGAUUCCCUAAGUGAGGAAAGGGUAUCAGGAGCGGGGUCGCAAAUUGGCCUACAACCGGAGUUCUAUUCACCAAUUCUCUAUCUAGGUGAGAAAAGGGUUUCAGAAGCGGGGUCACGAAUCGGCAACCGGAGUCCUCUAUAUCAAUAGAAGGAGCGGGGCUGGAAAAAAUCUCAGCGACAGAUAGCCGAGUAAUACACCAACAAAAAUAUUCAAGACGAGAUCAUCAGGAUAAAACCAGAAAUGGAAGCAAAAUCGGAAACUGGAGGCGGAGGCAGCAUCUGGAGUGAUGGAUCCACAAACCUGGCCAACGUCAUCAGAGGACUCCCCAAGUUCGAUGGAACGAAACCAGAGGACUUCAACGACUGGAUGAAGAAAUUGGGUGUAGUCGUCGGCGUUACUCGGAGGGACAUCAUGCCACUUCUCAAGGGAAUGCGCAGGCCUGAUCCCUCGGACACCACCUUCGCCGCAUACGAGAGAGCAAACGAAGACCUCUACGCAAUCCUAUUCUGCCUCGUCGAACUGCCGGCUGCACUAACCGUACACAAGCACGAAGACGACACCGGCCUUAGCGGCGACGGGCAGGCAGCAUUCGCGGAACUGAAGGCCAACUACAAUCGAGUGACAGAUGAAGUGAUCAGGGCUAAACUGGACGACCUGGAAAGGACGGUCAUGGAGCCAGGAGAGAACCCGGACGAUUUUUUCAACAAGAAACACCGCCUCCGCUCUCAACUAGAGAAAAUGGGGGAAACCAUCUCCGAUCGCCGCUUCAAGGACAUCUGUGUGCAAGGUUUCUCCGAGGACUACAAGGACAUCAAGAUGAUGGUUUUCCGCGACCCAUCAUUCGACGUACAACAGAUGCAAGCCACCAUGCGCAACAUCUUCCUUGACGAGCAAAUGCGCAAGAGAACCAAGGGCCAAAUCGCUGGCCGCGGAUUCGCCAUGGCUACCAAGACAUCUGGCCCCAUCUGCUUCGAGUGCAACGAACCGGGACAUGUCAGGAGGAACUGUCCCAAUCGCCAGCGGGAGGGCCAUAGGGCAAAGAAGACGAAGCCUGCGGGAGCAACCAAGUGGUGCUCCGUCCAUAACACCACUACACACUCCGACGAAGAGUGUUACAACCAAGGAGCCAAGCGACCAGAACGCACGGGCAAGGCCUUUUCUGCAUGCACACACUGCGUGCACUGCUCAACCCAGUCAAGAGACAUACAAGCCAAGCCUACCACAACAGAAAUUCCCAAAGAAACAGAGAAGACCGAGAAGGCAGAGAUCGACUUCUCUUACGACGAAGAUGCAUUCAAGGGUGGAUUCAUGUACCAUGCUACAUGCAGCAAGGGAAGCGGACGCACUUUCACGACAACUGCAACUGGGACUUCCGCGCUGGUGGAUUCUGGAGCUUCUGAGACCAUGUUCGACAACCGCCUCAUCCCGAAUGGACGUCUCGAAGAAGAACGCCCGACGCCCAAGAUCAUCGACGUUGCAGGAGAAAGCCAACUACGAGGCACUACCACUGGGAUCCUACACUGCACCAUCAAAGACGACAAAGAACAGCAACUACCCGUCAAACUACAAGGUCUCAUCGUGCCAGGACUAGGCCGGAACAUCUUCGCACCAACGGCCCUUCUCAAGAAGGGCCUCCGAUGUGUCCUGGAAGACAAGACCCCACACCUCACCAUCGGCGGAGAAGUCGUCGUUCCUCUGAAACAAGAGACUCAAGACCAAGGCAUGUGCACCCUCGCCAUCACAUUCAAGGGCGAUCCAGCGUCGACAAGCAAGACACCCCCGAACAACCAAGAACCAGGGCGGAAGCCGAAGUUCGGAAAACCAGAAGCGGUACAGAUCGAUCACACUCCGCACGCGACAUGCUCAGUGGCGAUGAGCGUGAGCGCCGACCUCUGGCACCGGCGCCUCGGCCACAUCAAUCCACGUGCUAUGGAGAUUUUGCGGCGCAACCCCGCCACAGGUGUGAAAUAUGACGGACCUGUAUCCCCGUGCGACAACUGCCAAAUCACGAAGCACAAGAAGGCUCCCGUCCCGAAGAAGACCAGCCGUGUCCUGACCAAACCAGGCCAACUCGUCCAGUUCGACAACAUGGGACCAAUCGACCCGCCUGCGAAGUACAACGGACGCACCUACUCCUAUGUCGCCAAAGCGACCGACGUCUUCACCAGAAUGCGGGAAGUGUACCUACUGCGCGACAGGACCGAAACCACGCAAGCUCUGCACGCCUACAACAUGCAAGUAGCAUCUGAAGGCUACCGCAUCGAGGUUCUACGCUGUGACAAAGGGGGAGAGAACACUGGGGAAGAAAUGCGCAACUACUGUAGGGAGUCUGCGAUCAAGCUGGAAUUCGCCGCGACCAACACGCCCCAAGAAAUCGGAGUGUCAGAAAGGGAUGGCCAGACACUUGCGGCUGUGACUCGAGCUCUACUGCGCGAUGGAGACUUCCCAAAACACAUGUGGGGGGAGCUCAUGAUGACUGCAGCAUACCUGACCAACAGGACCCCACACGCGGCGCUAGGGGGAGCCACGCCGUAUUCCAAGAUGUACAACACAACCCCGGACCUUUCUCGACUUCGUGCCAUCGGCGCCCGCGCGUUCGUUCAUCACGAGCGAUACAAGAAGAAGCUAGACGACCGGACCUUUGAAGGCAAGCUCUGCGGUUACGGACCUGGCAGCAAGACGUACCGGAUCUACGUGGAGGGCAAAGACAAGGUCUACGAGAGCCGGAACGUGACUUUCAUCGAGACUCCACCCAACACCAUCCCCCCUCACCGGUGGGACGACCGUCUCGGAUAUGAACAGGACGUGAUGAACUUCACGUCAUUGCUCGGACGCCGUACCUCUACGGGCGACGAAGACAACAAAGUGGACUACGGAACACAAUCAGAGCUCCUGCUGCACGAGAUGCGCAACAUGCAGCAAGACAACAUCAGCCGAGCAGAACUUCGCCAAAACAACGCGGGCAUGGAUUCCGACAACUACUUUGCUGCUGGGGGAGCUGACAGCAACAACAACCCGCGGACUACGACACCAUCCAGGACAUCGCAGGACACGACACUCGAAUCACCCACGACGCCAACAGACACGGACUCCCCUUCGCCAGCCCCGAUCCCAAUGCGUCGAUUAACGGUGACCCGUCCUGCCACGCGCACUCACCAACCCACAGAUGACCCUAUCGACCCUUCAUGCAUCCCGAAAUCUCUGGAAGUGAACAUGAACGACAGGGGCCGCUCUGCCAUGGCUGUCAGCCACCCCGACCCACUGGAGCUCACCGAGGAUCAACUACUCGAUCUCACCCACCAAGCGCAGCAACGAUGCCCUACUGACGCGGCGGAUUUUGCUCACCUGGAUGAAGACCCCUUCGCCGAAGUCCGGGCGUAUGCUUACGCCACGGGCACCUCGAGCAAAGGCCGCUUCAAGGCCCGCUUAGUCGCGGGGGGACACCGCCAACGAGCAGGACGACACUUCGGAAGGAACUACGCUCCAGUAACCCGAUUGGGUAGCAUCCGCAUGCUAUUCGCCAUCGCUUGCGAACACGGAUGGGAGGUGUACCAAUUGGACGUGGUAGCUGCAUUCCUGAACGCGUACACCGACAGAGACGUCUACGUCAGGCCGGCGCCAGGCGACGAGGAGAGGGACCCUACGACAGGUGAAAUGAUGGUCUACAAACUGGAGAAAAGUCUGUACGGCCUGUCACAGUCCCCGUCACUGUGGAACGACGCCAUCAAUGACAGACUCAUCAUCUUCGGCUGGCAGCGCACUCGCUCUGACCCCUGUGUCUACAUCUUCGUAAGCGGGGACGAACUCACAAUCCUCGCGAUCUACGUCGAUGACAUCCUCAUCACGGGCGGAAACAAGGAGAUCGUAAGCAGCAAAAAGAAGGAACUCAUGGACAGCUUCGAAAUGACAGACAUGGGAGAGGUCAAGCGCGUAAUCGGCAUCGAAGUGCAGCGGGACUACGAACAUGGCACACUAGCCAUAUCGCAAGGACCCUACGCGAGAGAUAUCCUACAGCGAUACGGAAUGGAACAGGCAAACCCGGUCAGCACCCCCGGGUAUGGAGCAGAACUAUCAACCGAGCAGCCACAAGACCAACUACUCGGACCCGAGGACAAGCAGAGAUUCCAGGCCAUCACCGGGAGUCUCCUGUACCUUGCCCAAUGCACCCGCUACGAUCUGUCAUACGCAGUGCACCAACUGACACGGGCAUGCGCAAACCCAGCACAGGUCCACAUGGCUGCGGCCAAGCACCUACUACGGUACCUACGCGGAACGCCGGACCUGCCGAUCGUGUACAAGAAGGGGCAGUUCAGACUCUCGUGCUUCACUGACUCGUCAUUUGGAGCCAACCCAGACAACGGCAGGUCUACCACCGGAUACCUGUUCUUCCUAGGAGGGGGACUGAUCAGCUACGGAGCCAAGGCACAGACUCUCGCAGCACAGAACACCGUGGAGGCCGAACUUCAAGCGCUGAGCUUCAGUGCUCGCGAGGCAGUCUACAUCUCCAACUUCAUGACGGAAAUCGGAUUCAAGACCUUUCGAUCGGUACCCAUCAACAGCGACAGCACCGGAGCAUUGACUGUGGCCAGCAACGCGAUGUUCAGCUCUAGAACCAAGCACAUCGCGCUCCGGUUCUUCUUCCUCAGGAACUCACGAAGGGGCACCGGAUCACUCUUCACCACCAACCUAGUGCCACGAUGUUGGCGGACAUCGCGACGAAACAUCUCCCGAAGCAGCGAUUCGCCACCACCAUGCAACUCAUCAAGGACUACAAGCGCUAGAAGAUAUUAAGCACAAGAUCGCAUAGUAUGGUUGAAUGUUUUGGACGCGUGUAUUGCUCACAGGAUGGAUUAACUUAUGUGGAGGUCGAUAUUCUUUGAUGUGGAUUGGGAAUCGAGGGGUCGCAAAAAUGGCAGCGAAGUGAAGUUUUGGAACAUCGGCUACUUGCCUCAUCGAGGGGUCGUGUCGAGGAAAACUGUUACAACGUAGUCAGGCACAGUUUACCAUAGGUGCGACUGCGGCAACUAGCAGCCUUCCGUAGACAUAAUACAGAAAGAAGAGAUGGUACUCAGCAGAGAACAUGAGCACAGAGUUGUAGCGGAGAUAUGUUGGCAGGCGAGACUGUAGUUGUUUUAUUGUUCCGAACCCCGAAAUUCCGGUACUCGGGCCAUUACUCCGGAGACCCUCGGAACCUGCUGUGUUUUUGCUGCUUGUUUUUUGUUUUUGUUUUGUUGUUGAGAUGAGACACAAGCGCGCCUUCGCCCCUUGUGCUCACUCUCAUCUAGCACCCAUCAAAGCCUGACCAGGGAGUCAGUUGAUAAGAACAUCUAUCUGCAUUUCUCUUUCCAAAGCUCGCUCGGGCCUACCGAUUUCACAGCAGUGUAGACCAACCUCUGUGAUAGAGCGGUGACAGCAGUGUAACCUCUGUGGUAGACUACAAAGCCUACGAGCUACAGCGGCACCGCCACCUCCGCUGCUGCAAGACGCCACAUUCUGUGA